GACAUGAAAUCAAAACCCAAAACCAAAAACCAGAUACAAGGACAACACCAACAGGAGACAUGACACUCUCCAGAUGUGUUUUAAUCCCACAGAUGCGACAGCGGCUCAUUGAGAGAGUUAUUAUGAUUUAUUGAAAGGGGAAUCCUGACACCUGGAGGACACGUGACACCAUCACAGCUCAUCUAACAACCUGUUCUGUGUGUGUUUGUGUCUCCAGUAUAACAAUGUACCAGUGAUGAGGCUCGCUGAAGGCUUUGACCACAGCCCGCAGUGUGUGGGAAUGAUCAAGAAAAAGGCUGAAAGUGAGCAGGAGGAUGACGGGCCAUACAUUAAAAGGCCGCCAAAUGCCUUCAUGCUUUACAUGAAGGAACACAGGCCCCAUGUCGAGGAGAACAUUAAGAGGAUGGGAAAUGGGGCUGUGAGUAAAGUCCUUGGAGAGAGAUGGAAGUUACUGUCAGCGGAGCAGCGGGCAGUAUACUUCAAACAGGCUGACAGAGAAAGAGAGCUCCACGCCCUGAGAAACCCCGGCUGGUCUGUCGGCCAAAACUAUGGCAAAAAGAAGAAGAGGGAGAGCAGAAAAGCUUCUAAAGGCCACAACCUCACAGAAAACUUGCUCUGGAGGAGCAACGCCCCCCUCAGACAGUCCCGGUCCCGUCACAGAUCACACCAGGAGGCAGCCGUGGUGCAGCUGCAACAGGCACAGAAUACAGUGACCGUGCAUGACCCACACGGAGGCCAGACAGUCAGAGGGUGUGGAGCACCACCCAGUUCCUCCACCAAGUCAUGGCCACCAUAUUUAAUCAGCUCAAUGAUUAAUUUUCUUCAUUACAUGCUGAGCUGUAUCACAGGCUGGUACAGAAAAAGACCGAUUGACUGACCCAGUAGCUCCAGCUCACUGUUCACUCGCUCUCCCUCCCUCCCUGCUCCCGUGCUCUCAGAGAGCAGUGUGCUGCUCCCCUCCAUUCACGGGAAGUCUCUGACUGACGGCGCAGAAAUGAUUCUCAAUACAAAAUCAUGCUUGUCUUGCAAAUGUAUGUAUGUAAAUAAAAACUGAAAAUAAACUACAACCAUGUUGCUGUCCCUCUCCUGCAGUUCCGCCCCAUCACGUUAUUAAUUAGUGUGAAUGCUGAAGGCAUUCACACUAAUUAAAAUCAGGUACCGUCUGCUGUCUUCCAGAAAUUUAAGCUCAAAAUUAACAUUGCGGCUUAUGGGGCGGCUUAGUGACUUCUUGUCGCUCCAGGGCUUCAUACAUCUGA